GAUGACUUCCGCCACGCUUUUAGCGUUGCCUGAUUGCAACAUGGCCACGCUCGCUCUCCUGUGACAACGUCUGCCCUCAGCAAACAUGGCGGUCGGAAGCGUUCCCAGUUAUUAGGCUCCCCACCCGCCAGUGCCUGCUGGGGUGAUUGGGGUUCAUAUCUGAGAUGGCGGCGACAGCUGAGCUGGAGUAUGAGUCUGUUCUCUGCGUGAAGUCUGAUGUUAACGUGUACCGCAUCCCGCCGCGCACCUCCAACCGUGGAUACAGGGCUUCUGACUGGAAACUGGACCAUCCAGAUUGGACAGGGCGACUUCGUGUGACCUCCAAAGGCAAAACUGCAUACAUAAAACUAGAGGAUAAGGUUUCAGGGGAGCUUUUUGCUCAGGCUCCCAUAGACCAAUACCCUGGCAUUGCAGUGGAGACUGUGACAGAUUCCAGCCGCUAUUUUGUCAUUCGGAUUCAGAAUGGGACUGGACGAAGUGCUUUCAUUGGCAUUGGCUUCAUGGAUCGGGGUGAUGCAUUUGACUUCAACGUCUCUUUGCAGGAUCACUUCAAGUGGGUGAAGCAGGAGACUGAGAUCUCCAAGGAGUCCCAGGAAGCUGACACACGUCCCAAAUUAGAUUUAGGAUUCAAGGAAGGACAGACCAUCAAACUGAACAUUGGGAACAUGACGACCAAGAAAGGAGGGGCAGCCAAGCCCCGUGCAUCUGGAUCAGGGGGCCUAAGCCUGCUCCCACCCCCACCAGGAGGCAAAAUUGCAGUCCCUCCCAUCCCUCCCACUUCUUCCACAGCCAUUGCCAACCAUGUCACACCACCGCCCGUGCUGAAAUCCAGUAACAUGAACAGCGCAGGUAUUCUGUUAGACUUAGGCACUCCUGUACCUGCGUCCAAAGCACCAGCUACUACAGACCUCUGGGGAGACUUCAGCGCUGCAUCCAGUGCUGUUCCUAAUCAGGCUCCUCAGCAAUCCAACUGGGUCCAGUUCUGAAUGGUCAAAGCAGUGGAAUGGAACAAACUGAUGACCAAGAGGCUCCAGAAACACUAAAUGGGAUCAGAGGGGGCACAAACCUCUCUAGUCUUCAAUCAGAAACAAGUCAGGACAAUCCCUUCUUUUUAAAGUAGAUCUUCACUUCAGUCAAAACAUACUAAUUUUGAUCCCACAGUGAAACCACUGAACCUAAAGAGAACAUACUGACUCCUCGCAUGGUGGGCAAGGAGGAGAGGUAGCCUUGUCUCUUCUACCCACUUGGCUGUUACAUGGUACAUCCUAGCUCUCUUUCCCCAUGUUUCCAUACAGGGAAAGCAAGAAUACUGAGGAAGGUGGGUACAGGAGUAGGCUGGAUAGGUGCAUCUGAGUUCCUUUUCCUUUAAAUUUCUCUGGUUAUGGCCUGUUGCUUUCUGUGGCUGCUUUCAAUAGUAAUUUGAGCCUGUGCAGCUUGGCCUACAGUGCUGAGGGCAGCUGUGUUGGGCUGCAACUCAUAAAUGGAAGCUGCAAGGAGAUAGGUUUUUGUCUGUCUCUCUGCUAAGUCUCCACACAAAAUCCUGUUUGAUUAAUUAUGGCAUGUCUUUGGUGAGGAGUGAACCUCCCCAUGCUGACACUACUCUUCCUCUGUUUGGUGCGAUUCUUGGUAGUGCUGGAUGUUCCUGUGCUCUUGUAGGAAGAGACAUGCAGGACACUAAGUAGACCUGCUGCUGCCGCUGUGCUGUGGCUCCAAAUGGGCACGCCAUUGUGAGGCUCCUUGUUUGGCUUGUAGGUUCAUUGCAGGAACUUCUCUCAGUAUCAUUCUCCCUCCACCCUGCAUGCAGAGGUCUCCAUGUCAUUGGGCUGUUUUAACUGGAAAGAGCUUUUUUAAGAACAAAACAAAAGAGAAGCCUUUUUAUAAUUUAGUAGUUACUUACACUAGAUGACAACCAGGUGAUCCCAUCUCUCAGCAUUUCAUGUUCCUGCAUCACUGUUCUGAGCCCUGUCUGUGCGUUUGUCCAGCAGUAUGUGUUGUGACUUUGCACUGUUACAGGUAUUACACAGCAGUAAGAACCAUGGUGGGAAGAUGAGGUAUUUUCUAGUGAGGAGACAGUCCCCUCCCCCUUUCACCUUACACUCAUCAUUUGGGCAAGAAAUGUGUAGGAGGCCCAAUCCUGAGAGCUGUGGCAGCUGGAUUUUCCCACCUGGUUUCCUUCUUGUGUGAGGCUAACUUUCUAGAGACGUGAUCUGAUUGUUACAACUUUUUUUUUUUUUUUUAAAUGUGUCCUGAAUAUAGUCUACUUUUCUGUGUGUUUUAGGGGGUUAGAAAGGCUGAGGCAGAAGGCCCUUAGUCUCUCCUGUUCCAUUUGUGAGGGAUUCCUUAGGCCCCUUUAGUCUGUAAACGAUCCCACCUAUAGCAGCUAUGGAUGUUAUCGGGGGUAUGAGUGUGCAGGUUACCUGGGCAACACUCCAGGGCAGGCUAGAAAACAUAAGCUGUACCAUGCUAGCUGAUUAGCUAAAACACUAGCAGCGAAGAUGGUCUCAAUGACCUUCCUGUAGCUGUGGCUCACUUCACAGAACACUAGACUUAUGUAUUUCACGGGAAGGCUUCUUGUUUCGAACACUCGACCAGCAGCAACGCUUUUGUAACUGGGAUACACUCUGCAAGGGUUCUGUACAAGUAAAUUCUGCCCUCUGGGGCUAAAAUGUCAUGGUGAGCCUCUUAAAGAGUAGUUACUGGUAUACACCUUGCACUUGCAAAGGUUCUGGUCCUUUCUGUCUUCUUACUACACUGAGGGUGUUUUGGAGACAAAGUUUCACUUUGACCAUCCCUCUGGGAAGCUAAGUUUUUUGUUUAUUUGUUUUUUGUUUUGUUUUGUUUUUAAAUAGCUCUAUAGCUGCUGCAGUUCCACUUGGGGAAGUGGAGACAAGACUGUUCUUGGAUGUAUGUUUAGUCACGUAAUCCUGAUCCCCUGGCUCUUUUGGUGUUCCCCCUGCUUCUCCCCCACCCCAGUUGCUCCUGAGUCUCACUGUACAUCAGCUUCCAGCCUUCUCUGAAUUUGUAAUGUGCUGGCUGUCCAUUUCCUUCCCUUGCAUUCUUUAGGCUAAGCCAUGGACUCUGCUGGCUGGCUUGGCUUUUCACGUUUUUCAUUGUCAGGUCGUGUCAUUUCAGGUACAUAUCAGUUCCCCAAACCAAGGAACUUUAUAGCACCAAUUAGCAACUAACCAGGAGCCUCUUAUUCUGUGUUCUGUCUUAAUUAGUAUUCUGGAGAUAAUAUAUUAUGUAUUUGAAAAGCUGAAGAAGCAAAAAUUAAAGAUAUAUGUAUAUAAAGCAUAAGAUGUACUGGUGCAAAAAUGGUAAUUAAACAAGUAAUGUUGGGGAAAAGAA